CAACUUUUCCUUCAAGGACUCAUACGUGUGGAGACUUAUGCUCAAGCCACCAUGAUAUCCUCGGAAUUGAUCUUUCUUCCAAUUCGAGAUUCAUUUGGGACAACACAACUUGUAUGUACAUCAUCUAAAUUAAAAGAAGAACUUUCUCAAUUAUCGACGGAAAGUGUUAUUUGUAUAGAAGGAGUUGUCGUUAAAAGAUCAAAAGAAACUAUCAACAUGCAAAUUUCAACUGGUGAAAUUGAAGUUGAAAUUGAUAAGUUUUAUUGUCUCAAUCGGGCAAAUAACUUGCCAUUUUUCCCGUUGGAUAGUAGAAAAUUACCAAAUGAAGAAGUUAGAUUGAGGCAUCGAUACAUUGAUUUACGACGGGACUUUCUUCAAAAUAAUCUUCGUAAACGUUCGCUUGCAUCAUGGACCAUAAGAAAUUUUCUUGUGAAUGAAGGAUUUGUUGAAGUUGAAACACCUAUAUUAUUUAAAUCAACAUCUGAAGGAGCAAGAGAAUUUAUAGUACCAACAAGAACAAAAGGGUCAUUUUAUGCAUUAACACAAAGUCCGCAACAAUAUAAACAAUUACUCAUGGCAGGAGGAAUUGACAAGUAUUUUCAAAUGGCGAAAUGUUUUCGUGACGAAGAUCUUAGAACUGAUAGACAACCGGAAUUUACUCAAAUUGACUUGGAAAUGUCAUUUGUGAAAGCAAAUGAAAUAAGGUCGUUAAUUGAAAAAAUGUUGAUAAAAGUAUGGGAAAAGGUUCUUGGGGUAGAUUUAAAAAAUAAGAUACCAUUCCCGAGAAUUACCUUCAAAGAGGCCAUAAGCAAAUUUGGGUCUGACAAGCCAGAUACACGUUAUAGCAUGGAAAUCAAAGAUAUUUCAUCAUUUGUAUUUGAUCCUUUGGAUCAAUCCGGAUAUUGUGCUGAAUGUUUAGUUGUCAAAAAUGGUGCCAUAUUAUUAAGUAACAGCGAGAUUAAGUCUUUAAAAUCAUUGGGUGAUGCCUCAGAAGAUUUAAAAUUCAAAUGUGAAUUUCAUAAGAUGAGUGCCGACAAGUUAAAUUCUUGGUUUUCUGAUUCGCCUUUAUUGAAACAUUCGCCUAAUCUAUUUAAUAAAGAUAAUUCUCUUACUAAAGAAUUUGAUAUUGAAGCUGAAGAUUUGGUGAUCGUGCACAAACGAAAGCAGCUAUUUACGAUAUCACCAUUAGAUUAUAACUUUCUUUGGGUUGAAUCAUUUCCUUUAUUUACUCGUGAUAAUGAAACUGGACGGUUGUCUUCAACGCAUCAUCCGUUCACAGCACCUAUUCCCGAAGACGUUAAAUUACUUUUCAAAGAUCCUGAACAGGUUAAAGGACAGCAUUAUGAUUUAGUUUUAAAUGGAAUAGAAAUUGGAGGUGGAUCCAUAAGAAUUCAUUCAGCAAAAUUACAAUCUAUGAUAUUUAAUGAAAUAUUAAAGUUAAGUGACGAAGAAGCAAAGAGAUUUAAUCACUUGAUAAAAGCACUUGAACAUGGAUGCCCUCCCCACGGUGGAAUUGCAUUGGAUGUUAUGGCUUUUCCAAAAGCCGCUUCUGGUAGUGAUCUGACGGUAUCCUGUCCUUCUGAAAUUUCUGAAGAAAGAAUGAAAGAAUAUGGAAUUCAAAUAAUAUAA